AUGGAUUCCUUGGCGGAAGAAGAGCAAACGUCGCCCAUGAAAAAGCAGAAGAAGGUCGAUGAGGAAGAGGAAAUAUUCAGUGAUACACACGUGCCUGAAUUGGGUUGUAAACCCCAGUGGGAUGUGGACAGCUACGAUGGUUGCGAGUACGAAUCAGAUCCGGAUGAUAGCAAAUUGUUCUCUGACGAUGAAGAGUAUGAGAAGUACCGUCUCGAAAGACGCAGGGCUUUCGAUAGUAAGGGUUUUAUUUAUGAACCUCUGAGCGGAAACUAUCCAAUUAAAGAUCUCGAUGCAUUAGUGUAUAACAACGUGACUAUUCGGGAGUUGAUGACAGAUCUUGCAAACUUGUGUGUUAAGAAACUCAACGAGACUAAGGAAAAGACCGUUGAAUUGGUUGAUAUUGUUAGAGUUAUUGUACUUGGUGGAGGUACCCGAAAAGCUUACAUAACGUUUAUGGCUCGUGAAUCUCUAAAUGGACCUCUUGUCGAGUACCAAGCCAAAGUGGUUACCUAUGCAAAUGACUUGAAACCUCCCUUUCCUAUCCUCUGCAGACCAAGUUCUAUACCCUCAAUCUAG